AUGGUAGCUUAAAAAGAUAAGAGAGUAGCAUUCCUAUUGCUAAUUCCUAGUGUAUACUACUCCACAGUACACAGCACCCUUUUAGUACUAGCCACCAUUCAACUUUCUCUCUUCCCACACUCCCUUCACUUUUUACACCUUCCUUUCUUACUCUGCUCAUCUUCUUGGCCAUCCUAGGUAGUUAGUAGUUUUUGGAGGAUGAGGUUGUUGUGUUUGUGUUUAACGUUGUUGCUGUUUCUGGCUAGUGUGGCAAUGGCAGAAGAAGAUUCAGAUCAUAAUAAGCACUCCCUAAAAGCCACGUCACACGCGCAGAUCCAGUGCACAAUGUGUUCCUCUUGUAACAACCCUUGCAACCAAGUUCCAUCUCCGCCACCACCUUCACCACCACCACCAUCUCCUUCCACAAACAACUGUCCUCCACCACCCUCUCCUCCUUCCUCCGGCGGCGGCGGCGGCGGCGGAGGAGCUCCGUACUACUACUCCCCGCCUCCACCCUCUCAAUAUACCUACUCCUCACCACCUCCUCCCGCAUCCACCGGCGGCGGUGGUGGCGGAGGAAUCUACUACUACCCUCCUCCCAGCAACGGAAACUACCCGAGACCACCACCGCCGAACCCGAUUGUGCCGUAUUUCCCGUUCUACUACUACAGCCCUCCGCCGCCCGGGUCCACCGCCGCUCCUCCGCCCUCCACGGCCUCCUCGCUUCUAUGUGCACUUGCUUUCUCAUCUUUUCUACUGUUGUUGCUUUGAUAGUAAAUGCAUGAAACCAAGAAAAAGAAGGAAAAUAGUAGGAAUAAGGGCGCAGAUUUGCAGAUCUAGAGAUUCCGAGGGAAAUGAGAGUUGAGAGUGAGAGUGAGGUAAUAGAAGUGCUCGUGAAUUUCCCAAUCUGCCCUGAACAUGUGAAGUAAAGCACCACACCACACGCACUAUAUCCUCCUCUUAAUUAUUAUGUUCUCUUUCUGAAUAUCUAGUGCCAAGGUAGAUUGAUCUGCAAUUUGUUAACAAUUUUUAUUUUAUGUACUACUAGUAAGUUUUAUUUCGUUAGUAUAGAAAUAAAAUAAAUUACAAAGAUUUAUGUCAAA